AUGUCCUCUGAACGAGAUGCCGAUUCUGGCGACAACACAGGCGCCCACACAGGGGCUGACGCCCGAUCGCAGCUCGCCGACGACUUGUUUGGUGAUGACUCACCGACGUGGGCGUCGCGCACUGCAUCGACGAGAACAGCCGAUUCUCACGAUUCAAGUGAAAAUGAAGGGGAAAAUGCGCGUGGUGACCACCGAGGAGAUGACGACGAGAAUGACGAAGACGACGACGACGACGACGACGACAACGACGACAACGACAACGGUAAAACAGCACUUGAGUACUACGAAGACGAUGCAGAUGCGUCGACACAUGCGAUGCCUGCCGUCGUGGAAGAGCAGACUGCAUGGAUCAAUGUGCCGCAGCUGCCGGUGCGGCGAACGAAGGAGACUCUGCUAGCGCGCCUGCCCAACUUUGUUCGAUAUGCGGACAGAGCGUUUGAUCCAGCUACGUGGAACGAGGAUGACGAAGAUGAACAGCAACAACAACAGCAACAACAACAACAACAACAACAAUCAUCACAACAACACCAACAGCCACAGCAGCACGAGUAUGAUUCAGUUACGGGCGAUCAGAAAGCGCGCAAGUUCCUGCGCACAAUGUCCACGGUUCGGUGGCGUUGGAAAGAGGCAGGUCCCAGUCGCGUUACGCCACAGAGCAAUGCGCGGAUCGUUCGUUGGGAUGAUGGGACCGAGUCAUUGCAGAUCGGCAGUGAAUUCUUUGACAUGACUCGGCAUGCUGAGCCAAGUGCGCAAGGCACGCCCCUCACGUAUAUCUACGUGCCGCAUGCUGAAGAGGGUGUGUUGGAGGCUGAGUGUCCUGUGCGCACGUCGCUGUCCUUCAAGCCAGGCCUACAUUCUGACACGCACAGCCGCAUCGCAAGUGCGAUCCGGCAUCAGCGAGGUAUGCGAGUAGUUGCCUCGUCUGAAAUGUUCGGCACGAUGGACCCUGAGCGUGAAAAGGAACGGAUUGAGCGACAGCUGAAAGAGUCUGAGAAACGCAAGCUUCGCGAACGUGUCAAGGCCAUGCGAGACGCGCACGACUAUGAGGGCGACCUGGACUUGGGCAUGCGGCGGCAUGGGAUCCGGCACCGCCGUGGGCGCAUGCAUGUCACGGAAUGGUCUGAUGAUGACGACAAUGUUGAUGAUACAGGUGACCAUGAGGAUGGCACUGCAGCUGGUGGCGCUUCAUCAUUGUCAUCUGCACAUGGAUCUGGGCGGCGCCGUGCGUCAGCUGCCUAUGACUAUCAAGACGAAGAUGACGACGAUGACGGCUUCAUUGUGCACGAUGAUGAGGACAUGGAGGAUGAGCCGGAUCAUGAUCGCGACGCCUCUGAAGAUGACAUGGAUCGCGCUGACCGUGAGAUUGAGGAGCACGAGCGCAUGCGCCGCGAAAGCAAUCUGACAUCAUCUGGUGGAAAACGUGCACGAACCGAUUCUGACUCAUAG